UAUUUGUGUUCGAAUCGUUAUAUUUUGGAGGAAGAAAAAUCUUUGUUUUUCCUCGACUGGUUAUGUGGAAUGUAUCCAAUGUGGUGUUGCUAAUGGAAGAAGUGCAACUUAAGUUGAUAAUUCAAAAUGAAUAGCACCGUCGAAGCUGAGACCUCGGCGGAAGGACGUGGAAUACUAGACGCCACCAGUUACUCUCUGAGGGAUCUAUCCCGUACGAGCGAUACUGACCCCGAUGAGAGUAAUUUUCUCGACCAGAAUGUCCUGCAGCUUAUGGAUGAACCAUUUUCCCAGCUAGUCGAUGGAAUGCAGCUGCGAAAAAAUGACCGCUACAGCGGGUUCGACAACAACGCCGGAAGCAGUUGGAUUUAUCCGACCAACCUUCCGGUGCGAAAGUAUCAGUUCGCAAUAACGAAAGCUGCACUGUUUAAAAAUACGCUGGUAGUACUGCCAACUGGUUUGGGUAAAACAUUCAUAGCUGCUGUUGUGAUGUACAAUAUCUUACGUUGGUAUCCAAGGGGGAAGGUUAUAUUUAUGGCACCAACCAAGCCACUUGUGAAUCAACAAAUUGAGGCAUGCUACAAGAUCAUGGGUAUACCGAAGUCGGAUACAGCGGAAAUGACUGGGAAACAGAAGAAGUCAACCCGACCCGAAUUGUGGAAGAGCAAACGCGUCUUUUUCGUCACACCACAGGUGGUUCAAGCGGACAUACAUGCGCCGGGGCAACAUUUUCCCACCGAUGAGAUCAAACUGAUUGUGAUUGACGAAGCGCACAAGGCAAAAGGUCGCUACGCGUACACCGAGGUCGUAAAAGCAAUUGCUGAAACUAACAAAAAUUUCCGUAUACUAGCGCUUUCGGCCACUCCGGGGCGGACAUUGGAGGAUGUUGCGCAAGUGAUCCAGAACCUGAUGAUAGCUCACAUUGAAGUUCGCUGGGAGAACUCAAUCGAUGUUUCCCCCUAUUCGUUCAAGAAAAACAUACAGACAGUGGUGAUACCUUUGGGGGUGAAAAUCACCAAAAUUCGAGACGAAUACAUACAAAUUGUGGAUCCGUACGUGCGGCGACUGUUGGAUGCAAAUGCGAUCUCUGGCCGCAUAAGAUCACUUAGCAAGGGCUGGUUAAUCAUGGAGCAGAGGAGAUUCCGCGAGGCAAAUCUCAUUAACAAACAUCGUGACUAUGUGUCAAUCAACACGGACUUUAGUACCUGCAUUAGUCUCUAUCAUGCGUUGGAUUUAUUAACUCUGCAUGGAGUGCGAUCGUUCCUCAACUUUUUCGAGGAUGAAAACAAUCGGAAUCAGGAGAAAUACUUCGUGGCGAAAGAUCUCCGGCUGAAGGUCUUCCUGAAGGAACUGUGGGAAGAGUAUGGUCGUAAUCCUCUGGGGGUGUUCAAUGCGAUUGAGUCUAAGCCUGGAAGAGUUGCUGCGGAAGGGAACUUCAAUUUCGGCCAUCCAAAAUUUGACAUUCUCGCGCAGAAGUUGAAGGAUCAUUUUCAGAACAAUCCCGAUUCAAAGGUUAUCAUCUUUUGCGAGUUCCGUGAUUCCGUGGCAAUGAUUCAUCGAAUGCUCCAGCAAAAUAGGCCACUAAUUAAGCCCAAAUGUAUCGUAGGCCAGGGUGGAACAACCGGUGGGCUUCGAGCGGUCUCCCAGAAGGAACAAAUCGCCGCUAUGAAAGAUUUCCGCACGGGCGUCUGCAACACGCUGAUCGCAACCUGCGUGGCCGAAGAGGGAAUCGACAUUGGGUCGGUGGACCUUAUCAUCUGUUUCGAUACCACCAAGAAUCCGGUCAGAUUCGUGCAGCGUAUCGGACGAACUGGGAGACAGCGCACCGGGAAGGUGCUGAUGCUUGUCACCGAAGGACGGGAGCACGACACCUUGAAGGAGGUGAUGAGUUCGAAGGAUAAAACCAACCAGAAGCUGGCUAGAAGCAGGGAGAUUUUGAAUGUCCUCUACAGACACUCACCGAGGCUGGUACCGACGGAGUUCGACCCGAAAUGUGUGGAGACGUGGAUAACCAUCCCGGCGGAGGAGGAGGAGAGCGCAGAGCAAGUAACGGCGGCGGUGGCGAGUACAAGUCGUGAUGAGGGGGGGACAAGAAAACGUAAAACGGUUAACGAAUCACCGCCCGAGACGACGACGACGAUGCGGCAGAAUACUGGGAGAUCCCCGAAGUCGACACCGAAGAGGAAGAGAUGGCAAGGGGCACCCAUACCAGGCACCCAAGAUCUGAGAAACUUCUUCCGGAAAGUGGACGCGGAAUUAGACAGGGAAGAGCGAGGGGUUUUUGACACUUCAACCGGAUCCGUGGAUACUUCAUUGGACCCAAUUUCAACGGGUACUGUAACAAGGGGGCAGAAAGUGACGUUGGAAAAUGAAGCUAAUCCAUUGUUCGAACAUAUAGCUAAAAUCGAGGAAGGAAAAUAUAUAGAAGAUAAACAGGUACUUACCCAUAACGCGGAUGAUCUUCUUAACUCAAACAAUUGUAAUAAUUCACUGAAAAAGUUGCUCUUGAUGGCAAAUUUGGAACGUCUUAAUCGAACCUUGGAAAUAUGUGAUAUUUUGCAGGCGGUCAAUGAUGACAAGUGUGAAGACAUCGUUAUGCUGAACGAUCAAGGAGAGUGUGUCAAAUCCGAGGUUCGAGCUGUAGAGGUUAUGUUUGGGGGAAGAGACGCUUUGAAAAAACGAGUCGCAGAUGCUGAAGAGUAUCGUAGCAUUACAAAUGCACCACCCAGCAGCAAAAAUCAACGAUACACCCUGCGGAGAGACUACACGGCGGCGGAACGAAUGGCGGCAUUUGAUGAAGGAUUCGGCAAAUUCUGUGACCACGAGGAACAAAGCAAUAAACUUGGAGCAGCAGCCUAUCGAAUUCCCGUGCAAGCGGUUCCAUCGUCAGGAAGCCGUUCCAGCCUAUUCGAUUCGCAGUUGAACGUUCCAUCGAUCAUAGAACCCGAGGAAUCUUGGUAUCAACCUCAAAUGGGUAACUCGCAAUCGCGACCCUCGCAUACGACGUUUCUGAAACCGAAAAAAUCAAAACCUGACUACGCCAACAGCUCUAUUUUGAGAGCAUUCAACAUAUCUUCCAAAUCGGAUCAGCUCUCAUCACCAACAGUAACCCGUGUGGCUCAGCUCGAUGCCUGUGUGAGGUCAGAAUUCUGUGGACGAUUAGAUCUCGGGGACAGUUUUUAUGAAAUCAGUCCAAAACCUGCGGAAAACCGAGCCGGGGACAAAGAAAACUUUGCGAAACAAGCGGCCAAUGCGAGCAGAAGUUUAUUCGACUCCAGAGAACCAAGCCAGGAAAAGUCGGCUUUCCCAAUGAAACCCGAGGACACUCUAACCUCAAAAGAGAUCGCAAUGUUGGAAGCAAAUUUUAUUGAAGAGGAUUUUUCCCCUAUCAACCUUCCCCGAAAUCAAUCACCUCCUGCUGAUGCUGAAAUAGAGUACCAGAUUCCCAUUAGUCAAUUUCUUCGGGAAAAUUUUCCUGAAGAUAUAACACAGGAAAAGUUGACCGACGGAGGGAAGAGUCAGAAAAAGGAAGCAAGCGGUUCACUAGACCUGACCGACAUGUUUACUUAUGUUUCACCGGAUUCCACGAGCGGAGAUGUGGUUCCUGACUCCCAGGGAGAACAUACGAGUCAUAAAUGCGAAGCGAAACCGGAUGUUUUACCGGAUACCACUAGCGAUGAAGUAAUUCCUAAUUCCCAGGAAGAACCCUUGAGUCACAAAUUUAAACCGAAACCAUCACUUGAAAAGCUACACAUUGGAAACGUUGAUGACCUCUUUGCGGACAGCGACGACGAUCUGUUCUGUGACAUAAAAAGCCCAGAUCCUCACCGAAGCGCAUCAAUAAGGACUCAGCACAAAGAUCAAGUUGAACCUAUGCCAACCUACGCGGAAAAAUCGCCGGAAUUAUUGAGGAAAAAGCUAAAUUUCAACCGACUGCAUCUAGCCAAAGCGAGCGAUCAAGCCACCUCCACUCCAAUCGCGAAACAUCAUCCUCAUUGUUCUUAUUUCGUCGGUUCCCAUCGAAUCCCGCCGACGGAUGUGAAGGUGAAUUCACCAAUCGCCGAUAGCUUCGAGGAUCAAUCGCGCAUUGGCCCUCCCGCGAAACGGAGAGCCAUCAUCGAGGAUUCGGAAGAUGAUCAGGAAGAUGUGCUCAGCGUACAUUCGUUGUCGGCGAGUUCAUCAAUGGAGCCUUCACUAACGACUACCAGCAAAAAAAGUUGUCGCAGGAAGCGACGGAAACGUAACCACCAUGCUGGCUUCGUGUUGACGCAAGCCGUGGCCAGUGAUGAAGACGGAGAUGACGGCGAUGGCGACCAUGAUGAUGAUGAUGAGCUUUCGAAUAUGAUAGACGAUUCCGUUGUUGAUCACGGGCCAAUCGGGGAAGAUUCGGUUGACAUGAGAGCGAAGUACCUGCAAUCGGUGAGGAGUCCACCCAUCCGAGGCAUAUUUAAGAUCCCGUCUUCAUCCCAGGUGCGUUGUCUAAACCCAUUCGACAUCUACUCCCAGAUCCCGAUCCAUGAUCAGCAUUCCAUGUACGAGGAUAGUUCCUUCAUUGUCCAGGAAGACGAGGUCGAAGAAUCCGGCGACUCAAGCGAAUCGGACGAACUGGAACGUGCUGAAGCAAUACUGCGUCAGCGACGACGCGAGAAAAAACGCCAAGGGCAACAUGGCAACUCCAAUGCAAAGCAGCCCCGCAGGAGAAUUAUUUCGCUGGAUAGCUCCGAUAACUCCGACGAGGAACCAGAAGCAUUCCGGUAGGAGAUACAUUUGUUACCAAAAUGUUUUUUUUUGUUAUACGUUGUAGACUUUGUUUAUCAAUGUCUUACUUCAUGGGGAAGGAAAAUGAGAUUUAUGCGAGAAAGAGAAAAACAUGAUUAUUGCCAUAUUGUUGUUAAAACAAUUCAAUCUCUUGGAAUAAUUAUUUCAGUUCGAUGACAACCUUUCUCUCUACAUCUGUUCCGAUGUAUGAGUGGGCUUCACUUUAUGUGAGAAAUGAAAUUUCGAAAAUUUGAAUUUUAUGAAAACAAGAGAGAGAAAAACAAGGUGCUUACCAUAUUGUUGUUGUAACAUUUCAACCUCUUGGAAGAUUUAUUUCAAUUCGAUGAGUCCUUUUCUUUCCAUCUGUUCCGAUAUAUGUAUAAUCCGAGUCGCAGUUUUUUUCCCUCCAAUAAGGUAUCUGUUAUUUAUAUAUAUUUUUUUCCGAUCAAUCCUCAAUAAUAAUCUUUGAUUUCGUCUUCAGAAUUUUUCUUUUUUUUCUUUUCUUUUUUCUCGAGUGUUUUGGAAUUUUAUUCUUUUCGUCUCGAGAGAGAGAGAGAGAGACUAAACUAAACCACAUCUAACUGUUGCAUCUCGAAUCAUCCCUUAGUUUGCCUCUAGUUGCACUUUCCAGCUGCUGCGCCUAUUGAUUCAAUCUGAUUUGGUUGUUGAUUACUAGUUUUAUUUGGUUUGUUUGUUUUGUUUUGCUUUUCCGAGGGGUAAGAGAACUGCCUAUACUACUAUGUGUUGUGUUAUAGUGCUCUGCUCUUUCUGUUGUUAUUGAUUAGCUACUUUAUGUAUGCCCAGUUGGUUAUUGAGAUAAGUUUGUGUGAUUGGUUUUGCAUCAACUGUUUUCUGUCUGCUGUUAGAUGUUGUGUGUAUUUAUACAUAACGCUGACAUGUGGCGGCGAAAUGAAAAUUGGAUUCCACUAUACACAGAAAAAUAAAACUAGCAGGAUGGGAAUGGGUCGUGAUUGAUUCUGAAGCUAGGCGGUUGUGUUGGAUUGUUACAGGUUAAACACGUGCAGACCAGAUCCUAUUUCGUAUUUGGGUUGUUUUCUGAAAAUGACCUUCACUGUCGCGCACGUAUCUCUUCCGUUGUGUUCUAUUUUUACGACGCAAACAACAAAAACCUUGGUAUCCUUGUUGGUCAAUUCAGCGAGGGCGUUCGCGAAUCGUUCCAGUUAACCUCGAUGCUAGGCCACUUGGUUUGCAGACAGGUCAGCAUCGGAUCCGAUGGAUUGCACAUCCGCACGUCGCUCUCCAGCAGAAUGGCGUGCCCUUUGCUGUAGCGCACACGAUUGUCGCCGUUCGAGUUCGGUAUGCCGUUGUAGUGCAGCAGAUCGAACGUGUCGGGCAUCGAUUUCUUCUCCGUCGGGAAGAACUCGUACAUGAACUCGUUCAGCAGGAUGAUGCCGAGGCUCUCGGGGUCCAGCUUCCGGCGCAUCAGGUCCACACUGGAAGACACGGAAGAAAGUGUAACUGGUUAGUAUUAAUUAUGCUAUAUUUUAAGAAGCUGUUGGGAACAACCCGUUGAAAGUAAUAGGUACAGACAGAGAACCCUUUCACGCUUUCUCCUGGAGUAUAACUCAUAACUUUUAGGCCAUGAAAUGAGAACCCCUGCAGUGGAGUAUCUUCUCACGGAAUGUAAACAGACUGCAGUCUCGUAAGGUCUUGUAAACUCAUACGCUUCAGAAUAAAAGGUACGCCUGAUUGAGAAUCAUCUCGGGCAAGCAGUGAGAAAACGGUAAAAGAGAGAAUCUCAACUCCCUAAUAGUAAAGUCCAUAAAAUACCUUGGCGACUUCAGCAAUGCCCAGUAAGACUACUUUUACUUUUUUCAGUUGAUAUGAUUCAUUUAAAUAAAAAUGGAAUAAAGAGGCCAUAUCAAGAGGCGUAGCAUUUAAGUCCUUUGCUUCACUGUAUAAUUUAGAGCUGAUUAAAUAGCAGAAGUUUUCAAAAAGUUUAUAA